UAGUGUUUUAUGACCUCCGUUAAUAAUAGACAUCAUCAAAUAUCAGUCUGCGUUUCGCUGUUAACACAUUAUACUUUUUUGGGAAUAAACAACUAGCAGAAAAUAAACUGCAGUUAACAGUUAUGACCUGGAGGUGUCGCAGCUGUUAACCCUUUUAAACGCAUAACUUCUCUCCACGUUUGUUGUUUUUUUCUCGCUGUUUUAAUAGAAUGGGGUUGUGCAGCUUUACAGGAGAGUGCUACAGCUUGAGUAACGCGUAAAUUUGUAUGUAAAUUACUAUAUAAGUUCAGACUGGAUGUGGAAACACCCGGUCUGGCAACUGGAAAACAUUCCGGAAUGAAGGAGGGGUCAGCAGGGCUGAGCCGAGCACCACCCCGGGCCGAGUGGGUGAACUUUGUCAUAAAUCUCCGAGCAGCUUAAAAUCCACCUCUGCCUCUGCGACUGAUGCCUCCUGCGUAGUGCGCUGCGCAAAAUGUACAUCUGGCUCACGGCUUUAGCCGGACUGGCUAUCCUGUCCCUGUCUUUCCUCAGGACGUUUUUCCCUCACUUAGGAGAGGACUGCGCGUACACCCUGACGAGCGUUAAACUUGGCUUCAGGCUCGUCAAAAUCAAGAAGAGCAAACCUUUCUACAGCAUCUUGGACUACUUCUUGGAUUUAGCGAAGAGGCAUCCCAGUAAGAUCUUCGUGCACUUUGAAGGGAAACAGUAUACCUAUGGAGAAGUGGAUCAACAGAGCAACAAAGUGGCCCGAGCGCUGCAGGCUGAAGCCGGGCUGAAGGAGGGGGACACGGUCGCCUUGUUUAUGGCAAACGAGCCUAGCUACAUAUGGACUUGGCUCGGUUUGGCAAAGUUAGGCUGCCCGGCUGCUCUGCUCAACUUUAACAUCAGAUCCAAGUCUCUGCUUCACUGUUUCUCCUGCUGCGGGGCCAAAGUGAUCAUCGCCUCUCCAGAGCUGCAGGACGCUGUGGAGGAGGUUUUACCGACGCUGAGAGAGCAGGGCAUCACUGUGUAUCUCCUGUCAGAGACCUGCAGCAUCCAGGGCAUCAACCCUUUGUCUGACAAGAUUUCCAAGGCCUCAGAUCAGCCGCUGUCGCGCGAGCUCAGAGCCAACGUCACCGUCAGGAGCACGGCUCUGUAUAUCUACACGUCAGGAACUACAGGUUUGCCUAAAGCAGCCGUCGUCACCCAUGAGAGAGUUUGGGCCGCCUCCUUCAUCCAGGCGGUAUGUGGAAUCACAUCAGAGGACAUCUUCUACAUCAACCUGCCGCUCUAUCACAGUGCAGGCUUCCUCAUCGGGAUGGCUGGAUCCAUCGAAAGAGGUAAUACCAUUGUUCUGAAGAGGAAGUUUUCUGCUUCUCAGUUUUGGGAUGACUGCAGGAAGUAUAAUGUGACAGUGGUGCAGUACAUUGGUGAAACAAUGCGUUACCUCUGCAACUCGCCCAAGAAAGACAAUGAGAAAAACCACAAAGUGAAGGUCGCCAUAGGAAACGGAGUCCGGACAGACAUCUGGUCAGAGUUUCUGAAUCGCUUCGGGGACAUUCAAGUCAGAGAGCUGUACGCUGCCACCGAGGGAAACAUCGGCUUCAUCAAUUACACGUCCAAGAUCGGUGUAAUUGGGCGAGUCAAUCCUAUCCACAGAUUUUUCUUCCCGUACACGUUGAUCAAGUUUGACAUUGAGAAGGAGGAGCCUGUCCGAAACUCUGAGGGUCUGUGCAUUGAGGCAGCCAGAGGUGAGACGGGACUUUUAGUGGGAAGGAUUACUAAGAGGUCUCCCUUUGUUGGGUACGCUGGCAACCAGCAGCAGACUGAGAGGAAGAGGCUUCGUGACGUGAUGAAAAAAGGCGAUCUGUACUUCAACAGUGGAGAUCUGCUCCGGAUUGAUGACAUGAAUUUUGUGUACUUUCAGGAUCGAGUUGGUGACACUUUCAGGUGGAAAGGAGAAAAUGUUGCAACAUCAGAGGUUGCAGACAUUCUCACAAUGGUCAAUUGCAUUUUGGAGGCAAAUGUCUACGGUGUUAAAGUAGAAGGUCACGAGGGGCGAAUCGGUAUGGCAGCUGUUACUCUGAAAGAAGGACAAGAUUUUGAUUGCUCUGACACCUACAAGCAGGUCGUCAACUACCUCCCAGCAUACGCAAGACCUCGAUUCAUCAGGAUCCAGCCUCACCUGGAGAUGACAGGGACAUUCAAGAUGAAGAAAGUGAAGCUGGUGGAGGAGGGAUUCAACCCAGCUCACAUCAGAGAUCUGUUAUACUUUUUAGAUCCCGAGAAAAGGACAUACGUUCCCCUGACCGAAGAUAUCUACAGAGCGAUCGCUCGUAGGGAAAUCAAACUCUAACACAUAAGCUUUAAAAGAAGUCAGUGUUGAAGCAGACGACCUGUUUUUUAUGAUGUAGAUGUAACCUCUCAUUCAUGGACCUUUUUUUAACAGUUAACUAAUCUCAGGGACAGAUUGACUUUGAAACAUUACAUCAUGUUUGAAGAGACUGCUUUUUUUUUUUUAAAUAACACAACUACUGUACAUCAAAUGUAUUCCAUAAUGCUGACAAUAUGUGAUGUGCAGGUAUGUCUUACUGCUACUGUUGAUUACAUAAUUAAACUCUGGUUGUCUUUUU